GAACAUCAUAGAACGUAACGAAAAGGGUGUUGGGGAAUUUGCAGGCUCCAAGAUCCCUCUUUUCGUAAGAACCCACUUCUCCUUCAUCCUCCAAUCUUCAUUCUUUGGCCCUUAGAGGCUUCAAAUCCGCGAAUCAACAAAUGGGUGUUGUGUUGAAGCUAGUAGACGCCAUUCUGUUCCUGUUCUUCCUCGUGAUAGCAGUGGCUGCUCCUCUCAUCGAUGCUCAAGCGUGUCUUCCUCUGAGUUAUUUCCCUGAAAUUCUUGUCCAACUCAAGGACCACUACACCCACGACUAUGGUGAUUACCUUGUGGCUGAAAAGCCACACUUUUUUGUAGGUCUUGUUUGGCUUGAGCUUCUAUUCCAAUGGCCCCUUGCACUCCUCAACCUCUAUGCCAUUCUCACUUCCAAGCCUUGGUUCAAUACCACUUGCUUGAUGUAUGGUGUCUCUACCUCUACCUCCAUGGUUGCUAUAUUAUCAGAAAUGAUGAAUUCGAAUAGGGCAUCUGAUAAGCUAUUAACACUGUAUGCCUCUUUCAUGGGUUUGGGUGCUCUGGCUCUGCUGCGGGGUUUGCUCACAUGUUCAUCCAAAUCAACUUCAGCUCUAGGAAAAAGACCUGCAUUGAUGAGGAAAAAGAGAGCUUGAAAAUUUCAGAAUGAAUCAAACAUGAGAAAAUGGAAAGAAGAGCAUAACCGUAGGUUCGAGGGGAUGAAGAAGCAUGCCAAGGAAGGACCCCUCAUGAAAGCAAAUUUUUGUAUGUUUUUUAUUUAACUGAGAAAAAAGAUUUUGUAUCAGGUGAACAUUAAAUUCCAUCUGUUGCUGACAUCUUUGCUAUGAAAAGAAAUAAAAUUUCAUCUACUUGGAUUAGUUGUU